UCAGAUGUAAGUUAUACAAAUGGAAGGGGAGAAUUUCUCCCUGGUGGGUCGACAUCUCUCCGCCCCUGCCUCCAGCUCCGCCCCUAACCACGCCGUGUCCUCCAGGAUCCACUUGAACCAGUUUUCCUCCGCCUCCAAUCAUCAUCUCUCAAAUCCAACCUCUAUAAGCAUGAUCUCGGAGGGUCUUAUCUCACAUCCUCAUCUUGUCCUUGCUCCGUCCCAGCUGACACAUCUAGUUAGCCAGGGACAUCAGACCAUUAGCUCCAACCCUAUCCAAGUCCUUAACACGGAGCAUAGUACUUACUCCCAGUCCAGUAGAGGAGGAGGAGGAGGGAGAGAGAACUAUAUCCACCUGGUCCUGGAGUCUGAGAAGGGGAUGAACCUGGUGGAGUAUAUCAAGUGUGAUGUGGUGGAUGAGGUGGAGGACUGCGUCCUUCUCCCCUCGGACCGGACUAUAGUAUCAGGGAAGGAUGAGGAGAAGGGCCAGGGGAAAGAUGUUUACUAUAAUUUUCAAUCCAACAAAAGAUCGGUGAUCAGUGAAAAUGAACAUGUUACGAAAACAAAGUUAGUAUUUGCAACUAAAAAGCGCGGGAAAAGAAAAGAGAAGAAGCUUGCCGGGAAAAUCCACACCUGUACUGUAUGCGGAGCAGGGUUUAGCUCUGGGAAGGAUUUAUGGAAGCAUGGUUUAACCCAUACCGGAGAGAAACCGUACUCUUGUCAUCUGUGUCCGCAGAAGUUUACCUCUUCGAGUAGUAAAUCAUUUCAUAUCAGGUCAUUGCAUGAGCAAAGACAAGAGCACCGGUGUCCUGACUGUGGGAAAUUGUUUAGUCAAAACAGUAAUAUGAACAAGCAUUACAAGACUAUACAUCUUGAUAUGAUUGUGGUGGCCUGUGGAAUAUGUAAACGAACCUUUAACCAGCGAUCAGCUCUAAGCAGACAUAUCAAGAUUGUUCACAAGAAAGAGGUUCCUCAUCAGUGUGAUCAGUGUGAAAAGAAAUUUUCACAAGCUGAGAGUUUGAAGAAGCACAAAAUGGCGAUUCAUUACAAGUCACGUGAUCAUCUUUGCGCGUUUUGUGAUUACGCGGCAUCAAGACCGGAUAUGCUCAGGGUUCACGUUCGAAAAAUUCAUACAAAAGAAUGGAGAUAUGAAUGUGAAAUAUGUCGAAGUAAAGGUAACUCGUGGGGUUGUAUCUUACCAAAGGAACUACGACGGCAUAUGCAAACUAGACAUCAAACUAAAAUAGACAAACCUACCCCGUGGUUAAUUGAGACAAGAUCAGCUCCGGGUACCAGUAAUAGUAAGGAGGAGGAAAACGUAUCAAUUGAUCGUCAAGUUAAAAUCCUUCUCAACAAACUGAAACAUCCUCUACAGUUUUCACAUCAGCUCGAGGCCGAAGUUAGAGCUAAAGCUUGUCGAGCUCCGACCUCAGUGCUAAACUUUGAUAUUCAACCUUCCUCCGACCUCGUGAACAUUAACGGAAUAGAUAAUUUAAUUUCAUCAGCUAGCGAGGUUGGAUCAGCUGAUUUAUGUACUGAUGAUAACCAGCUAAGUCGACAAAUUAGCCUGGUUUACCAGGACCAGCCUGUAUCUCAUAUAGUAUCAGUGGAUAGCGAGGGUAGGACGCGUCCUGUUCAUGAUAUCUCCAGCUCAGCCUGGAGAUCAGGCUGGUUGGACGGAGAUCAGCUUAUCUUCUCCAGGUCGGAGUCUAGAUCUGAACCUCUUGAGCUCCAAGUAGUAGAUAGAUCUGAACUGCAGGAUAUCAUGGUUCUACAACCAGGCAGAGGGAGGAGAAUAUAGAGAUUACAGAUAAGGUAAACCUUGGAGCACUUAGAUCCAAGAGUAACCAUGGAGAAGAUAACCUUUGAGAGUAUUGAGUUUUAUGGUGACCCAUUUAGAAAAUAGAGAUAAGAACCAUGGAGAACAUAGAGCUACGAUGAACCAUGGAAAAUAAAUACACCUACGAUGCACCAGGAUAUUCAAGAACGUAGAGUAAUUAUUGUUAUUAACAUUCAACCUACAGUCAAGUUGAGCUCCAGGGUCGAGCUCCAACCACUUUCCCUUGUCUACAUGGGUUCUAGUGGAUCAUAUCUGACGGUAAAGAUGGUCCAUCGAGAAAAUAGUUUUAUACGUAAAAUAUGAAGUUUCGACGUACUACGCCAAUUUUCAGAAGAAUCUCUGAUUUUAUUUCUGUAUCCUAGUCAUGUCAUUUUAUUAAUCUUGACUUAAUCAAUUUGUUUUCUUCAUAAUGCAUAGCAUUACGUAGGUACUACGUGAACAGUGAACAUAUAUUAUAUAUUUGUUAAGUUUAAAUUGAUAAAUCCAGAAAAAUAUAAAUUUAUGGAAAUUUCGUGUCAUGAAAAUCUAUCAAGUUUUGAACCUUUUUUUUCUAAUUUCAGA